CCAUUACCAUUCACCUUCUUCCUCUCCUCUGUACCGCACUUCUAAAUAUAUGCCCCUCUCACCUUGUCCGCCUGCCCCCAUUAUCACCCCCCCUUUCUCUCUCUCUCUCUCUCUCUCUCUCUCUCUCUCUAACCAGCUCCUCAAGCCUCCAUUGACACUCAUUUGCAGAGCUCAGCACAGGAUCUGAGCUCAAAAUGCCGCUUGACUCGACAUUAGCAGCAGCUGCGCUCUCCAUCGCUCUGCUCUGCUCCGCGGUGGUAGCCGAGAACCCGUACCGGUUCUUCAACUGGAACGUCACCUACGGCAACAUCUAUCCCCUCGGAGUCCGCCAGCAGGGCAUUCUCAUCAACGGGCAGUUCCCGGGACCGGACAUUCACGCGGUCACCAAUGACAACCUCAUCAUCAACGUCUUCAACAGCUUGGACGAGCCAUUCCUCCUCUCCUGGAGCGGGCUUCAACAGAGGAGGAACUCGUACCAGGACGGGGUGUACGGCACAACAUGCCCGAUCCCGCCGGGGAAGAACUUCACCUACAUCAUGCAAGUGAAGGACCAGAUCGGGAGCUUCUACUACUUCCCGUCCCUCGCAUUCCACAAGGCCGCUGGCGGGUUCGGCGGUAUCCGGAUUCUCAGUAGGCCUAGAAUCCCUGUCCCGUUUCCUGAUCCUGCCGAGGACUACACUGUUCUCAUUGGAGACUGGUACAAGGCCAACCACACGACUCUCAAGGCCCACCUUGACCGGGGGAAGAAGCUCAAGUUCCCCGAUGGCAUCCUUAUCAAUGGCCGGGGACCCAAUGGCGCCUCCUUCAACGUGGAACAAGGAAAAACUUACAGGCUCAGAAUAUCGAAUGUGGGGCUGAUGAACUCCCUCAACUUCAGGAUCCAAGGGCACAAGAUGGUGCUUGUCGAAGUCGAAGGGACCCACACCCUCCAGACCAAGUACUCGUCCCUCGAUGUGCAUGUCGGCCAGUCGUACUCGGUCCUUGUCACGGCAGACCAGCCGGCUCAGGACUACUACAUCGUGGUAUCGACCCGGUUCUCGUCCCAUGUCCUUACCACCACCGGCGUCCUCCACUAUAGCAACUCUGCUGGUCCUGUCUCAGGCCAGAUCCCGGGCGGGCCCACGAUUCAGAUUGAUUGGUCCCUGAACCAGGCCCGGUCCAUUAGGACCAAUCUCACAGCGAGCGGGCCAAGGCCGAACCCGCAGGGUUCAUACCACUAUGGCCUCAUCAACACGACCCGGACAAUCAGGCUCGCGGGCUCAGCCGGUCAAGUCAACGGCAAGCAGAGGUAUGCGGUCAACAGCGUCUCCUUUGUCCCGCCAGACACUCCCAUGAAGCUUGCUGACUUCUUCAAGAUCGGUGGAGUCUUUCGGGUCGGAAGCAUCUCCGACAAGCCUUAUGGUGGUGGCAUAUACCUCGAUACAGCGGUGAUGGGUACCGACUACCGGGGUUUCGUGGAGAUCGUGUUCGAGAACUACGAUAACAUCGUCCAGAGUUGGCAUCUUGAUGGCUACAGCUUCUUUGUUGUUGGAAUGGAUGGAGGGAAGUGGACAGCUGCUAGUCGGAACUCCUACAAUCUCAGAGAUGCAGUCGCUCGUUGCACCACUCAGGUCUAUCCCUAUUCAUGGACCGCAGUCUAUGUGGCCCUCGACAACGUCGGGAUGUGGCAUGUGCGGUCGGAGUUCUGGGCACACCAGUACCUCGGGCAGCAAUUCUACCUCCGUGUCUACACUGAUUCGACCUCGCUGAGGGACGAGUUCCCCAUCCCAAAGAAUGCGCUACUCUGCGGGAGGGCCAGUGGUCACCACACCCGACCAUUUUGAAGCUUCCCUGGGGAGAAUAAGGCGUCAACAACUUUUUUCCGGGGAACAGAUUGAGCGAGAAGGAGAAGUCCGCGCAGUGGUUAAGAAGCUAUUGGAAAUAUUCUUCGAUAUCGUUAGUAGCGUUUUGCUGCUAUAUAUUGGUAGCCGUUAUUUAUUUUCCACUAAGGUUCUUGCUAUAUUUAUGAUGUGAGAGGUUAUAGGACUGACUACCAUAUAUGUAUGGAUUGUUUCCGCGACCUCAGCUCGAGGUCGAUAACAUUCUUUUCCAUGGAAGAUCGGUUAUAUGUUUCAUGUAUUUUCUAGAUAAUCAAGUGUUCUAUGCUUUUUA